UGUGUCCCCUCCCCUCUCCCUAACAGGGCAAUUCCCUAACUUUUCUCUUUUUCUCACAAGGCUAUAGUUAAAUAUUCCAUUCUGGAGCGCAUAUCCUGUCUCAAAUUCCGACUCUGGGCUCCUCGACGCCAAAGGCUCUCCAGUUGUUGCAAGCCCCUACACUGGUGUGCACACCAGGACUGGAUCCAGGUCUAGAUCUUCCUGUUCACCCUGGGUCCACCCCGGUGAACGGACAGUCAAGUAAGUGAGUGGUAACGACGGGGUGCUGCACUUGGAGGAACAGCCAGACAGAACCAAUGGGAUCAGGGAAUCUGGCUCAGAUGCUGCUGCGAUGGGCAGCGGUGUGUCUUGCAGCGGUCAAUGUGGCAUGUAGUCAAACUGGAAAUGCACCGUUUGAGGCGAGCCGCUUAACCAGUGCUGUGGACCAGAGAGCGGCGCAGCGGGUUCGACGCCGUGGCCAGGAGACACUGAGAGGGCCCAAUGUGUGUGGCUCUCGCUUUCAUUCAUAUUGCUGUCCAGGAUGGAAGACACUGCCCGGCGGGAACCAGUGUAUUGUUCCAAUUUGCAGGAAUUCCUGUGGCGAUGGCUUCUGUUCCAGACCCAACAUGUGUACCUGCUCGAAUGGUCAGCUCUCUCCCAGCUGUGGAGCAGGAGCAGGAGCAGGAGUUCAGUCCUGCAACAUCAGGUGUAUGAAUGGAGGCAGCUGCGCCGAGGAUUCGUGCUCCUGCUCGAAUGGCUACACAGGCAGCCACUGUGGCCAGCCUGUGUGUGAGAAAGGCUGUCAGAAUGGUGGACGCUGCAUCGGGCCCAACAGAUGCGCCUGUGUUUAUGGUUUCACCGGUCCACAGUGCGAGAGAGACUACCGGACUGGACCGUGUUUCACGCAGGUGAACAACCAGAUGUGUCAGGGACAGCUCAGCGGAAUCGUCUGCACCAAGACCCUCUGCUGUGCCACCAUUGGCCGAGCAUGGGGUCACCCCUGUGAGCAGUGUCCAGCCCAGCCACAUCCCUGCAGGAGAGGCUUCAUUCCCAACAUCCGCACCGGAGCCUGCCAAGAUGUGGACGAGUGCCAAGCUGUGCCCGGCAUGUGUGCGGGAGGUAACUGCAUCAAUACUGUGGGAUCUUACGAAUGUAAAUGUCCCGCUGGUCACCGUCAAAGUGAAACCAGCCACAAAUGUGAAGAUGUUGACGAAUGCAGCACCAUCCCUGGUGUGUGUGAUGGGGGAGAAUGCACCAACACUGCUGGUAGCUACGUCUGCACCUGUCCACGAGGCUACAUCUCCAGCACAGAUGGCUCCAGAUGUGUGGACCAGCGAGUGGGCACCUGUUUCUCUGCUCUGGCUAAUGGCCGCUGCGCUGCGGAGCUGAGUGGUCAGCACACCAAGAUGCAGUGCUGCUGUGACACGGGACGCUGCUGGGCUAUGGCACAGAUCCCUGAGAUGUGUCCUGUCAGGGGCACUGAUGAGUUCAGGCGUCUGUGUAUCGUGGGUGUUCCUCAGGUACAUGGUUUUCCUCAUGGUUACCCCAAUGGACACUUCCCUAGCAAUGGCAACGGUUUCAACUAUGGUCCCCAGUUCCCCAACGGACCUAAUGGGAACGGGAACGGCGGCAUCGGUGGCAACGGUGGAGGAAGCUUUGGAGGGAAUGGUGGGAGCUUUGGAGGCAAUGGAGGAAAUGGAGGCGGACGUUUCAACCACCAGCAUAUAGGCACCGUUUCUGUAAACGAGUCCAUUGACGUAUGCAAACACUUUACCAACCUCUGUCUAAAUGGACGCUGCAUUCCCACGCCUAUAAGCUACCGCUGUGAAUGCAACAUGGGCUACAAGCAGGAUGUUCGCGGGGAGUGUAUCGAUGUGGAUGAGUGUGUAAGUAAUCCAUGCAUCAAUGGAGAUUGUGUCAACACACCUGGAUCAUACCACUGCAAGUGCCAUGAGGGCUACACCGGGACAUCUACCAAACAAGCCUGUAUUGAUAUAGAUGAGUGUAUUAUGAAUGGGGUGAUGUGUCGCAAUGGCCGCUGUGUCAACACUGAGGGAAGCUUUCAGUGUAUCUGCAACGCCGGCUUUGAGCUCACUCCUGAUGGGAAGAACUGCAUCGAUCACGACGAAUGUGCCACCACCAAUAUGUGUCUCAACGGCAUGUGCAUCAACGAGGAUGGCAGCUUUAAGUGCCUCUGUAAGCCGGGCUUUGCACUAGCGCCGAACGGACGCUACUGUACUGACAUCGAUGAGUGUCAGACAUCAGGCAUUUGUAUGAAUGGCCGCUGCAUCAACUCCGAGGGCUCCUUCCGCUGCGAGUGUCCACCCGGCCUGGCUAUCGAUGUAGAUGGGAGAGUGUGUGUGGACACACACAUGAGGACCACCUGCUACGGUGCCAUAAAGAUGGGCACAUGCUCGCGUCCAUUUCCUGGUGCCGUGACAAAGUCCGAGUGCUGCUGUGCCAAUCCUGAACACGGUUUUGGAGAGCCUUGCCAACCCUGCCCCUCCAGAAACUCAGCUGAGUUCCAGGCUGUGUGCAGCAGCGGCAUCGGCAUCACGGCCGAUGGCAGAGACAUCAACGAGUGCGCUCUUGACCCAGACAUUUGUCAGAAUGGCAUCUGUGAGAACCUGAGAGGGAGCUACCGCUGCAUCUGCAACAUUGGCUACGAGUCCGACACCAGUGGCAAGAAUUGCGUCGACAUCAAUGAGUGUCUGGUGAACCGGCUGCUUUGUGACAACGGUCUCUGCAGAAACACGCCUGGCUCCUACUCCUGCUCCUGUCCCAAAGGGUUUGUCUUCAAACCUGAAUCAGAGACGUGCGAGGACAUCAACGAAUGCGAGUCCAGCCCAUGCAUCAAUGGAGCGUGUCGCAACGUGGCCGGGUCCUUCAACUGCGAAUGCGCCCAUGGCAGCAAACUGGACUCCACCAACACCAUCUGCGUGGAUAGCAUGAAGAGCACCUGCUGGUUGACAAUACAGGACAACCGCUGUGAAGUCAACAUCAACGGAGCCACGCUGAAGUCUGAGUGCUGCUCCACGCUGGGAGCCGCCUGGGGCAGCCCCUGUGAACCCUGUGAAAUCGACACCGCCUGUUCUCGGGGAUUUGCGCGUAUGAAGGGCCUAGUGUGUGAAGACAUCAAUGAGUGUGAGGUUUUCCCCGGAGUGUGUACCAACGGCCGGUGUGUCAACACCCAGGGCUCUUUCCGCUGUGAUUGUGCGGUGGGUCUCACCUUGGACAGCACUGGACGCACAUGCGUGGACACGCGCAGUGAGCAGUGCUUCUUGAAGUGGCAUGAGGAUGAGUGUGGCGAGCCCCUGCCUGGCAGAUAUCGUCUGGACAUGUGCUGCUGUUCAGUGGGCGCUGCCUGGGGAAUUGACUGCGACGAGUGUCCCAAAACAGACACACUGGAGUACAAAGCCAUCUGCCCCAGAGGGCCAGGCUUUGCCAACAGAGGAGAUAUUCUGACCGGCAGACCGUUUUUCAAAGAUGUGAAUGAGUGCAAGGUGUUCAACGGUCUCUGUACGCAUGGAACCUGCAGAAACACCAUCGGCAGUUUCAAGUGUCGCUGCAACAACGGUUUUGCUCUCACGGCCGAGGAGAGGAACUGCACAGACAUCGACGAGUGCCGCAUCUCCCCUGACUUGUGUGGUAGUGGCACCUGCGUCAACACACCUGGCAGCUUUGAGUGCGAGUGCUUUGAGGGCUACGAGAGUGGCUUCAUGAUGAUGAAGAACUGCAUGGACAUCGAUGAGUGUGAGAGAAACCCCCUGCUGUGCCGCGGAGGAGACUGUUUGAACACAGAGGGGAGUUAUGAGUGUGAAUGUCCCCCAGGACACUCGCUCAGCAAUGAUGGCUCUGCCUGUGAAGAUGUGAAUGAAUGCCAGCUGAGUGAGAACUUGUGCAGGAACGGACAGUGUGUGAACUUGCAAGGAACAUACCAGUGCACCUGUGACACGGGUUACCAAGCCACGCCGGACCGACAGGGCUGCGUUGACAUUGAUGAAUGCACCAUUAUGAAUGGAGGCUGUGAGACCCACUGCACCAACUCAGAAGGCAGCUACGAGUGCAGCUGCAGUGAAGGCUACGCCCUCAUGCCUGAUCUCAGGACGUGUGCAGACAUUGACGAGUGUGAGGAGACACCAGACAUCUGUGAUGGAGGCCAGUGCACCAACAUACCUGGGGAAUACCGCUGUCUGUGUUACGACGGCUUCAUGGCGUCCAUGGACAUGAGGACCUGUAUUGAUGUGAACGAGUGUGAUCUGAACGCAAACAUCUGUCUCCACGGUGACUGUGAGAACACCAAGGGCUCCUUCAUCUGCCACUGUCAGCUGGGAUACUUUGUCAAGAAGGGAUCGACAGGCUGCACAGAUGUGGAUGAGUGCGAGAUCGGGGCUCAUAACUGUGACAUGCACGCUGCCUGCAUCAAUGUUCCUGGAAGCUUUAAAUGCCGCUGCCGGGACGGCUGGGUGGGAGACGGCAUCAAGUGUGUUGAUCAGGAUGAGUGCUCUCUUGAGGACCACAACUGUAACCCCAACGCGGACUGUGUCAACACACCAGGAUCCUACAGGUGCACGUGCAAAGAGGGCUUUAAUGGAGACGGCUUUUCCUGCUCUGACAUGGAUGAGUGUGCAGACAAUGUGAACCUGUGUGAGAACGGCCAGUGUCUGAACGCUCCGGGUGGAUACCGCUGCGAGUGUGAAAUGGGUUUCACGCCCACAGAAGACAGCAAAGCCUGUCAAGACAUUGACGAAUGUAACUUCCAGAACAUCUGUGUGUUUGGAACGUGCCAGAACCUCCCCGGGAUGUUCCGCUGUGUGUGCGAUGAUGGUUACGAGCUGGACCGCAGUGGAGGAAACUGCACUGAUAUCAACGAGUGUGCAGACCCGGUGAACUGUAUCAACGGACUGUGUGUGAACACUCCGGGAGGAUAUCAGUGCAACUGCCCGGCUGACUUUGAGCUCAACCCCACAGGAGUGGGCUGUGUAGAUACUCGCGUUGGCAACUGCUUCCUGGAAAUCAAUCCACGCGGUGACGGAGGAAUCUCCUGCAGCGUGGAGAUUGGCGUUGGAGUGACGAGAGCGUCCUGUUGCUGCUCCCUGGGAGGAGCCUGGGGAAACCCCUGUGAACUGUGCCCCGCCCCCAACUCUACCGAGUAUAAGACUCUCUGUCCUGGAGGAGAGGGAUUCAGACCCAACCCCAUCACUGUUAUCUUGGAAGAUAUUGACGAGUGCCAGGAGCUGCCAGGGCUCUGCCAGGGAGGAAACUGUGUCAACACCUUUGGCAGUUUCCAGUGUGAAUGUCCAGUGGGCUACUAUCUCAAUGAGCAGACUCGGAUCUGUGAGGAUAUUGAUGAGUGCACAGCGCACAUUGGGAUCUGUGGACCUGGUACCUGCUACAACACUCUGGGCAACUACACCUGUGUGUGUCCACCUGAAUACAUGCAAGUCAAUGGAGGAAACAACUGCAUGGACAUGAGGAAGAGUGUGUGCUACCGCAACUUCAACGACACGUGUGAGAACGAGCUGUCCUUCAACAUGACCAAGAAGAUGUGCUGCUGUGCCUACAACGUGGGGAAGGCCUGGAACAAGCCAUGCGAGUCCUGUCCUACCCCUGCUACCUCUGAGUACCAGUUACUGUGUGGAAACCAAGCGCCCGGCUUCAUCAUUGACAUCCACACUGGCAAACCCAUUGACAUUGACGAGUGUAGAGAGAUCCCGGGUAUCUGUGCCAGUGGAGUGUGCAUAAACCAGAUUGGAAGCUUCCGCUGUGAAUGUCCCAUGGGCUUCAGUUACAACAACAUACUGCUCAUUUGUGAAGAUAUUGAUGAGUGUAACAGUGGGGAUAACCUGUGCCAACGUAACGCCAAGUGCAUCAAUAUUCCAGGAAGCUACCGCUGCGAGUGCUCGCCAGGUUUCAAAUUGUCCCCCAGUGGGGCCUGUGUGGAUCGUAAUGAAUGCCAGGAGAUUCCUAAUGUGUGCAGCCACGGCGAGUGCAUCGACACAGAGGGCAGUUACCGCUGCCUCUGCCACAAUGGUUUCAAGGUUUCUGCUGACCAGACCAUGUGCAUGGACAUUGAUGAGUGUGACCGACAGCCGUGUGGCAAUGGUACCUGUAAAAAUACGGUGGGAUCCUACAACUGUCUCUGCUUCCCUGGUUUUGAGCUCACACACAACAAUGACUGCAUGGACAUAGACGAGUGCAGUGCUCUCCAGGGCCAAGUGUGCAGGAAUGGACAGUGUAUCAACGCACUGGGUUCCUUCCAGUGUCUCUGCCAUGAGGGUUAUGAGAACACUCAAGAUGGGAAGAAUUGCAUUGAUAUCAACGAGUGCGUGAGUCUGCCUGGGACGUGUUCUCCAGGAACAUGUCAGAAUCUUGAUGGUUCCUUCAGGUGUAUCUGUCCUCCUGGAUAUGAGGUGCAAAAUGACCAGUGCAUUGAUAUCAACGAGUGUGAGGAGUCCAACAUCUGUCAGUUUGGCACCUGCACCAACACCCCAGGCAGCUUUCAGUGCUCAUGCCAGCCAGGCUUCGUGCUCUCUGACAACAAGCGCCGCUGCUACGAUACCAGAGAAAGCUUCUGUUUCACCAAAUUCGACGCGGGCAAAUGCUCCGUCCCCAAGGCCUUCAACACCACCAAGGCCAAGUGCUGCUGCAGCAAGAUGCCCGGAGAGGGCUGGGGACUGCCCUGUGAGCUGUGUCCACGAGAGACUGACGCUGCUUUCAACACUCUGUGUCCCUACGGCCAUGGAGUCCUGCCUGGACCGGGCGAUGCACGUGAAGAUAUGAAUGAGUGUCUGGAUAACCCAGGCAUCUGCCAGAAUGGUAUCUGCAUCAACACAGACGGCUCCUUCCGCUGUGAAUGCCCCUUCGGAUACAACCUGGAUUACACCGGAGUCAACUGUGUUGACACUGAUGAGUGCUCCAUAGGAAACCCGUGUGGAAAUGGAACCUGCACUAAUGUGGUGGGAGGUUUUGAGUGUUCAUGCCAUGAGGGAUUUGAACCUGGACCCAUGAUGACUUGUGAAGACAUCAACGAGUGCUCCCAGAAUCCUCUGCUUUGUGCUUUCCGGUGUGUCAACACUUUUGGUUCCUAUGAGUGCAUGUGUCCUGCGGGCUAUGUGCUGCGAGAUGACCAACGCAUGUGUAGAGACCAGGACGAAUGCGCAGAGGGUAUGGAUGACUGUGACUCCAAGGGCAUGACCUGUAAAAACUUAAUUGGUACCUUCAUGUGUAUCUGCCCUCCCGGCAUGCAGCGGCGACCAGAUGGAGAAGGGUGUAUGGACCUGAACGAGUGUCGCGCCAAGCCUGGCAUCUGUAAGAAUGGACGCUGCACCAACACAGUAGGAAGUUACCGCUGCGAGUGCAAUGACGGUUUUGAGCCAAGCUCCACUGGAACUGAAUGUAUCGACAACAGAAAGGGCUACUGUUACACCGAGGUUUUGCAGACGAUGUGCCAGCAGUCGUCCACCAACAGGAACAGUGUGACUAAGUCUGAGUGUUGCUGUAACAUGGGCCGAGGCUGGGGUUCACAAUGUGAGCUCUGCCCGCUGCCUGGUACUGUGCAGUACAAGAGGAUGUGUCCACUCGGACCAGGCUACACCACUGAUGGAAGAGACAUCAACGAGUGCCAGGUGAUGCCAGAUCUGUGUCAAAAUGGUCAGUGCAUCAACACAAUUGGAUCCUUCCGCUGUCACUGCAACAUGGGAUACAAGACGGACUUCACCGCAACUUCCUGCAUCGAUUUGGAUGAAUGUGCUCUGUCUCCGAAGCCGUGUAACUUCCUGUGCAAAAACUCAGAGGGCAGCUACCUCUGCUCCUGCCCCAGAGGAUACAUCUUACAGCCAGAUGGAAAGACAUGCAAAGAUCUGGAUGAGUGUUCGACAAAGCAGCAUAAUUGCCAGUUCCUCUGUGUCAACACCAUCGGAGGCUUCACCUGCAAGUGUCCUCCCGGCUUCGCCCAGCACCAGACUGCCUGCAUCGACAAUAAUGAGUGUGCAGCUCAGAACAGUGCGUGCGGCUCUCGGGCCUCUUGCAUUAACACGGCGGGUAGCUUUAAUUGUGAGUGCUCUAAAGGGUUCUCCUUGGACACCACUGGCAUCGAGUGUGAAGAUGUGGAUGAAUGUAGCAGUAACCAUCGCUGUCAGCACGGCUGUCAGAACAUGCUGGGAGGCUUUCGCUGCGGCUGUCCUCAGGGCUAUGUGCAGCACUACCAGUGGAACCAGUGUGUGGAUGAGAACGAGUGUCAGGGAGGAUCUGUGUGUGGCUCCGCCUCCUGCUACAACACACUGGGAAGCUUCAAGUGUGUGUGUCCUUCUGGCUUUGACUUUGAGCAGAACAGUGGAGGCUGCCAAGACGUGAAUGAAUGUUCCGCAGGCGGCAACCCCUGUAUCUACGGCUGCUCCAACACUGAUGGAGGCUACCUGUGUGGAUGUCCUGGUGGUUUCUACAGAGCUGGACAGGGUCACUGUAUAACAGGCUCAGGUUUCUCAGGCGAGUUUGUGGAGGGUGAGGAUGAUGACAGUCUGUCUCAUGAGGCCUGCUAUGAGUGCAAGAUCAAUGGAGGUGGAAAGAAUGGAAGACACAGGCGCAACGCUGAUAAAAAUGACAUAAACCAGGAGCCAGACGUGAGCAUGGCCAGUAUGGACACUCAGGGCUCCAUCCCCAUGAACCUCUCUUUGGCCACGCUGGUCAACAGGGAGCCUCUGCUUGAGCUUCUGCCUGCCCUGCAGCCUCUGGAAAACCACGUACGCUAUGUCAUCACACACGGCAAUGCUAACGAACACUUCCGCCUGCUGGAACGCCGCGACGGAAAGAGCGUGCUCCGACUUGGCAAGAGGCAGCCUCCACCAGGAUCCUACCGGCUGGAGAUCGCCAGCCUGCCGCUGUUUGGGCCCCGAAGACUACACCAGAUGGAGAAGCAGCAUGACAGUGACUACCUACAAGCAGAAAUAGGAAACGCCCUGCGCAUCAAACUUCACAUCCACCUGCACUGAGCUCAUAAUGUGUCCCUGGACUGAUUUUUUUUUUUUUAAAGCCUUUGAGUUUUAUUCUGACCUUCUAUUCAAUAAUUCCAUCUCUCAGCUUACCCCCCCCCCCCCUCCCCCCGCGGGACCAUCCCCACCAUCAGGGGGGUUAUCAAGGGCAAUGAAAAACUGAGUCAAUCAGCCCAACUCACUACCACUUUGUUACUGUUCAUGUUAUUAUAUGUUCAUGUUUUUUUUCUUGACUACACUCCUUCUAGUGCCCCUCCACUUCUACCUGACCUAGCACUCUUUUUCCACUGAGUUGUCCAGUGGAAUAGAUGGCAGAGAGGUGUCUUUGUGCUUGGACCACUGCGCUGAGUAAAAACAAAACAGCAGACAGAUGACCCACAAGUCCAUGAAGCACUUUUGUAGACAAGCAAAACAAAAGUGGCCAAAAUGUUGGUAUUUAAAUCACUGUGCAGGAGCUGAAGUGAUUAAUUUUUUCAUUACAAACAAUAUUAAAGUUAUAUUGAGUGUAGAGAUCGGGGAUCAGGUGCUAUCAUAGUGGUCUGAGGACUCUUUCACCUCUCUGUAAUCUUGGAGGAAAAAAAAAAAAUCACAACACUGGGGAACAAGGAUUGUCACGUCUGCCCCUCUCAGUAUUGUAGUGUGUCAUUUAAUGUGUUUGUGCUGUUUUAAAAUGUUAACACGAAGGACUGCAACAUUUACACAGCAUUUCAGGUUCUUCUGUCUGUAGCAGUCUGUUUUAUAGCUGGAUGCCAACCAAUUCUCAGACGAGAAAACAGCAACUGCUGUGUUCUCCAUCUGAUGUGACUGACUUUCUGACCUGCCUGCAGGCUGUGGCAAGCAGGGAUCGACGUGUUUGCAUGUGUGUGCUGUCAUGUUUGGUUACCUCAGUACCUCUCGUCGGGUAUGGACACCAUGCUGUGAUGCUGACUGUAAAACAAGAGAGGGUGCUAGUGUCCCUCAGCAUCCACCAUACGCAGGGAUCACAUCAGUUAGCUUGUAGACUUUAAAGAAGAUAGACCAGGUCAUUGUAUUUUAUCCUUUAAGGGAUUAAGACUUCAGGUGCACUGAGUUUGGACCUGAUAGCGACCUGGAUUGUAAAAAGCUUCAGAGGAAUGGUGCUGUAGCCCACAGGCUGAAAUUGAUAAUAAGCUGACUUUAGCUGACUUCUUUGACUUUACAGUGAGUUUGAUGUCGGAGGUCUCGUUUACAACGCAAAAAAAGAGACACACAGCUGAAUACAAUGACGGUCUAAAAGGUACAUGACGUGUUAACAUUACCUAAGCUGUAACUAAAGGUAGUGCUUGGCAGUGUAAGGACACGCACAGGUGAACACGAAACCUCACAGAAAAACAAGCAAACAUUUGUCAGGUCAUCUUUCAUUUCUCUCAAAGAGAAAAACGGUGCUAGAUAAUGAUACCAUCUCUCUUACGAUGUACAAACAAAGUGCAGUCUUGAAUUUGGAUUGCAAACGUGACACUUCUUUUUGCUAGGUUUUAUUUUUGUGUUUGUCUGUCUUUUGUAUUGUCUCAGUGCUGAAAAAAAACAAACAAUAUUAUCAAACUUGCUUCUUGAAAAUUAAAUUGUAUAUUUUUAAAUGAAAUGUUUUUUUUUUUUAUGUCAAGGCUGCCAUACCAAAUACUCACAGUAAACCCAACUGAAGGCUUGUAGUUUCAAAACUUGGCAAAUGCAGCAUCCUACUUGUUGAUCAUUGACUGAAUCAUUUAAAACCCCUGGCACCAGUCAUGUCAGAAAAGAAAGGAAUCAAUAUUGUUAUUAUAAAAGCGUACACUGUCUGUACAAUACCAUUAAAGCCAACAAAACCAUCCCCAAGAAGGAUUUUUGGUGCUAAUUAAUAUUUUAUUCUCUUUACAAUAACGGUUGCUGCACUGUCCCACAGCCUAGGCAAUGUUUAUAACACAUAACCAUUUUUCUAACCUGGGAACCUUUGUAUACUUUGUGUCUUUAUUGUCAGUUUGUAAUUUUUCUCCUAUUUGCCACUAUGUUUAAAAGAAAAUGCAGUGUGCUGCGUGUGCAUACUGUAUCUCAGUGUCAGUGACAAACUUGAAACAAUAUUGUCAUUGUCUGCUUGCAUUGAAAUAUCUUGUGCUUUAUAUUCAAAAAGGAGUCUGCAGUUGAAAUGUCUAGCACAUGCCUGACAUCUGCUUUACCAAAGUCCAGCUGAAAGCUGAAAUGACAAUCAUCCAGAUGCACAUCUACUAGUUAGGGAGUAAUAAAUCAUUCAGCCAUUGUGGAAUUUCUUUUAAUAUGAUCAUCUUUGUGCAAGACAAACACCAAAGAUUUAGCAAACCAUCUGGCAGUCUGUAAGAUUACAGCAAUUCAUAUAAAAUUGUACACUUUUGUCCAAUGACAUAAAUGGCAAUAAAGUAUUGUGGGUUAUAUUUUUAA